CAACAGAGGUUCUACUUUACCAACUCCAAGUAAAAUAGACUGCUCAGAAAAUGAGCAGCAGUUUUGUGGGUCAGUUGUACAAUCAGGAGUAAAUUGUUCUGGAGAAGAAGAAAAAGACGACAAGCGGUAGCUAUGGGGGGUAGCCAAUCCACUGUACCAAGGGUGACGUUCCAUCUGCCGUUCGACAUAACGAUCGAAAUCCUAUCGAGAUUGCCAGUGAAAUCCCUCUUGCGAUUCAAAUCCGUUUGCAAAACCUGGUACGCUCUCAUCGAAACCCCUGAUUUUUUUUCCAAACAGGCAAACAUCUGCAAACCCACUCCACUCUAAAUCCCACCUCUCUCCUUAUAACCACUUACAAUCGUGAAACCAAAAACUAUGUCACGUCUUUAGUGACAAACGAUGGGUUUAACAAUGGUCCUAUCAAUCUCUAUUUCCCAUCUUUGAAAAUGGGGAAUUAUUUUCCCGUUGGGGGUAUCUGUAAUGGUCUUGUUUGCGUUAGUUUAUCUCGGUAUGGAUUUCCCUUGAUUCUAUGCAAUCCCUGUUUCGAGAAAUUCCGGGGGCCGAAUGGCAAUGGGCACAGAGUCCGGGAUACAAUGAGGAGUUAGAAGUUAAGCAAAUCAUUUUUGGGUUUGGCUUCCAUCCCAGUGCUAAUGACUACAAGUUGAUUAGGAUUGUGUAUUAUGCUAGUCCUAUUAGGGGACACAGCAUCCGAGCUCAUCUGUAUGUGAUGAGCACCGAUACGUGGACAAAAAUUGAUCCUAAUAAGCUUUCAUUGUUCGUGGGGAGGUGAAUGAUUUUAUGGAGGAGAACGACUUCGCGCUCGUGGAGAUAUGUGGAUCUUCUGCUUCAGCGGUCCUAAACGGAGUUUUCUAUUGGCCGGCACUUGUAGUCUCAACUAAUGAAUUGAUUGUUAUGUCCUUCGACAUGGGUGAUGAGGUCUUCAGAGAAAUAAGAACACCAUCAUGUUUGAAUAAUGAAACUUGGGAUGCAACGAACUGGCUAUUGACGGAAUUAAAUGAUAAACUUGCUCUGUUUAUUUUACCUUAUGACAGAUACUGUGAUGCGUGGGAUGUGUGGGUGUUGAAUGAAAGUGAGAGUUCUUGGACUAACCAAGUUAAAGUUCGAUCUUCUCCAAGAAUUGCAAGUACUGUGGAAAAUGGGGAACUUGGUGGAUUAACAGUGCUUGGAUGUGCAAAAAAUGGUCAAUUGUUAGUGACUUACCAUACGAUAUCUGGUGAUUUAAAUGUCUUUUUGUAUGAUCCAACGACCCAGAAAACUGUGGAUCUUUAUUUUGCUCAGGUUGCAUAUGCGCCACCUAUUUACUUGUAUGAGGCCACCUUGCUUCCACUCAUGCAACCCAAUGAAGUCAUGGAAGUGGAAGGACAACAAAAGAAAGCAUUGAAUUCAUGGAAGUGGCUCAUGUGGGUAGCUGUUUUGAAUGCGUUUCUGUUCAGGGUCAACGCUUAUUUUAGUCGUGCUACUUAAAAAUGCCUCUAAGGUUUCUCUGUUAGGAAGUGCUUAAGGAGCAAUUGGUGCAGAAGCUGACCUGAUGCACAGAUGGAUUCUAACCGUCAAACUAAGGAACAAUCAAGAAGAUAAACCAAGUCUACCAUUAUGAAGAAACGAAGGCUAUGAAAGUUAAAGUCAUACGUUUUCAAUGAUUGAAGGUUCUGUGGGAAGGGGAUAAUGGUGGAGUCAUACUGGUGGAAUGUCAAGAAAUGCUAACUUUUUCCUUGUGAUGAUGCCGUGGUUGACUACUUACUGCUAUAUUUUGGAGCUAUUGUUGCAAAUGAAAUCCAUGCAAAUAGAAUUUUCAACUCUUGUGGCACGCCUUCUGAUAUUUCUUUGGGAAUAAAUACACUUGUCUUUCUCCUUUCUUUGGUUUGAUUAACUGUUUCUAUUGGCAUCUAUUGCUGCAGGUUUUCUGCUAUUGAUGAGGGGUCUUUCAAAGAAUUCUAAAUCCUAGUGAUUUGCUUUGACUUUUGAUUUGUUGGGUUUUACCGAUUCUUCUAGUACACAUGCGUGUGCAUCGCUGUUUCUUUGAACUACAAAGAUGCAUUGCUGGGUUUGGCUUACUUCACAAUUACUGAAGGAGAAAGGUGUGCCACUGAACAAUUACCUUGUGUCAAUUUUAUUCAAAAAGUGAAUUUGGAGCAUUGUCCUAUUCAUUCCGACUCUAAAGAAGGGGACAAGUAAAUAAUGUGCAAUUAUUGCUGAUUCGAUUGUAUUGGUAUUAUUUUCGCUUCUGCCUAAAGAAGAAAAGACGUUUAUCAGUUUUCCGGUUUCCUCUUAAGCCCUGCUUAUACCCAACUAUACUUUAUUUUGUACCUUACCAUUUGAACUGUUAUUGUAUUUUGUUUUUUCAACCAGUAACUUCCACUUUUACCACACC